AUGUUUGAAGGAGAGUUAGAUGAUGCUUUUGACGUUUUUGAGGGAAAAGUUCCAAAGAACUUAAAGAAAGACUUAGACAGUCCGAAGGAAGAAAAUGGCAGACAGUCAUCCUCUAAAGUUGGUUCUCCUGUAGAUAUUGAAAAAGAAAACAAUAAGCGACAGGAUUCUUCUGAAGAGAAACAGUCUGAUGUUAAGCGUAAAAAAAUUGAGGAAUCUGUUGCUGCUCCUUGGACCAGAUCGAAUGAGCCCGUUGCAGGUGCAAAUAAAGAUGCCUCAGGAGAAGUCCCCAUUUCUCCCGAGAAUGGCUUGGAUAAUGGCAAAGCUCCUGCUGAUGCUUUGGUAACCGAUUCUUUUGAACAGGAAGCGUCUUUGAAGAUUGCUGGAGAAGUUGGCAUGGCUGAAGCCAAAUCGACGUCUGAUCAUGUUGUUGAACUUCGUCAUCAAGUCCGUCACCAAGUAUCUUUGCCUCCUAACUACAAUUAUGUACCUAUAUCUCAGCAUAAAAGCCCCGAUCCAGCUGCUCGAACAUACCCUUUCACCCUUGAUCCUUUUCAAGCAGUGUCCAUUGCUUCGAUCGAACGCCAAGAGAGUGUAUUGGUUAGUGCUCAUACAUCUGCGGGUAAAACUGUCGUUGCCGAAUAUGCCGUUGCUCAGUCGCUUCGGGAUAAGCAAAGAGUAAUUUAUACCAGUCCUAUUAAAGCUCUAAGCAAUCAAAAAUACCGAGAACUAUUAGCAGAAUUUGGUGAUGUCGGUCUAAUGACCGGUGAUGUUACUAUUAAUCCAGACGCUACCUGCUUGGUAAUGACUACCGAAAUUCUUCGCUCAAUGCUUUACCGUGGUUCCGAGGUAAUGCGUGAAGUUGCUUGGGUUAUUUUCGAUGAAAUUCACUAUAUGCGUGACAAGGAACGUGGUGUUGUUUGGGAAGAAACUAUUAUUUUAUUGCCUGAUAAGGCUCACUUCGUUUUCCUUUCUGCAACCAUUCCCAAUGCUAUGCAGUUUGCCGAAUGGAUUACCAAAAUCCACCGUCAACCCUGUCACGUUGUUUAUACGGAUUUUCGACCAACACCAUUACAGCAUUAUCUGUUCCCAAGUGGUAGCGAUGGAAUACAUUUGGUUGUCGAUGAAAAGAGUGUUUUCCGUGAGGAAAAUUUCCAAAGAGCAAUGACUGCUUUGGUAGAAAAACAGGGCGAUGACCCAGCUGGUAUAGUGUCCAAGAAAAAUGCUAAAAAAGGAAAAACUGGAAAAGGAGGUGUUAAAGGUCCUUCUGACAUUUACAAGAUCGUGAAAAUGAUUAUGUUAAAGAACUAUAAUCCUGUCAUUGUCUUCAGUUUCAGCAAGCGUGAUUGCGAAGCUUUAGCCUUGCAAAUGUCAAAACUAGAUAUGAACGAUGAAACUGAGCGCGACCUCGUCACUACUAUUUUUAAUAAUGCCAUCAAUCAAUUGUCCGAAAAAGAUCGUGAUUUACCUCAAAUUGAGCAUAUCCUGCCUCUGCUACGUCGCGGUAUCGGUAUUCAUCACUCUGGUUUGCUUCCAAUUUUGAAAGAGGUUAUUGAAAUUUUGUUCCAAGAAGGUUUAUUAAAAGUUCUAUUUGCUACCGAAACAUUCUCAAUUGGUCUCAAUAUGCCCGCGAAGACUGUCGUUUUCACUAACGUUAGAAAGUUUGAUGGAAAGAGCUUCCGUUGGAUUUCAGGUGGUGAAUAUAUUCAAAUGAGUGGUAGAGCUGGACGACGUGGUUUGGAUGACCGUGGUGUUGUAAUUCUAAUGAUUGAUGAAAAAAUGGAACCUCCUGUUGCUAUGACAAUGCUCAAAGGUGAAGCAGACCGUCUAGACUCUGCUUUUCACUUAAGUUAUAACAUGAUUUUGAACUUGCUACGUGUUGAAGGCAUUUCUCCCGAGUUUAUGCUUGAACGUUGCUUUUUCCAGUUUCAAAACAGUAUGGAAGUUCCUAAGUUGGAAGAAGAAUUGGAAAAACUUCAACAACAAUAUGACAAUACAUCCAUUCCUGAUGAGCGCGCGUUGGAGGAUUACCAUACAAUUCAGCUUCAAUUGAAUAAGUACCGAGAUGACGUUCGAACAGUUGUUAACCAUCCUAAUUUCUCUCUUUCAUUUUUGCAAAGUGGCCGACUUGUAGCCGUAAAGCAGAAUGAGAAAGAUUUUGGUUGGGGUGCUGUUGUAAGCGUAUCAAAGAGACCACUUCCCAAGGGUGAGACUAAGGAGUAUCUUCCUCAGGAGUCGUACGUUGUAGAUGUUAUUUUGAAGGUUCCAACGGAAAGCGAACGUCCAAGGAUGAAGAAUGGUCGCUUACCCGAGAUUCAUACGCCUAAAGGAGAUGACAAUGGAAGAUAUGAAGUGGUUCCUGUUCCUCUUUCGUCUUUGAACGGAAUUGCUCAUAUUCGUAUAUUUUUACCCAAUGACUUGAAAGCUCAAGCUCAAAAGGACACUGUUGGUAAAGCUCUUAGUGAAGUUAAGCGUCGUUUUCCUGAUGGAAUUAGUCUUUUGGAUCCUGUUGAAAAUAUGAACAUUAAGGAACCAGCUUUCUUGAAGUUAAUGAAGAAGGUGGAUGUUUUAGAAGCUAGACUGCUGUCUAAUCCCCUUCAUAACUUUGAAGAUCUUAAAGAAAAAUAUGAUCAAUAUCUUAAUAAGCUCUCGCUGCUUGAUCAAAUAAAAGAUCUCAAGAAGCAACUUUCAAAAGCAAAAGCUAUUAUGCAGUUGGAUGAAUUAAGUGCUCGUAAAAGAGUCCUCCGCCGUUUAGGAUUUACUUCUUCGGACGAUGUUAUAGAAAUGAAGGGUCGUGUUGCUUGUGAAAUUAGUACUGGAGAUGGAUUGCUACUGACGGAGCUUGUUUUUAACGGUAUUUUUAAUGACUUGAGUCCAGAACAAUGUGCUGCUCUUCUUAGUUGCGUAGUUUUCCAAGAGAAAAGUGAAGCAGAAAAUCAGCGCAUGAAGGAAGAACUUGGUGGCCCCCUUCGAAUUUUACAAGAAAUGGCUCGUCGAAUUGCUAAAGUUUCUCAGGAAAGCAAGCUUGAUGUUAAUGAGGAGGAUUAUGUCAACAGUUUCAAGCCAUCCUUGAUGGAGGUUGUGUAUGCCUGGGCUCAUGGAGCCAGCUUUGCACAGAUUUGCAAGAUGACUGAUGUAUAUGAAGGCUCCUUGAUUCGUAUGUUUAGGCGUUUGGAAGAGCUUCUUCGACAAAUGAGUGAAGCUGCAAAAGUUAUUGGUAAUUCCAAUUUACAAAAGAAGAUGGAAGACACGAUUAACUGUAUACAUCGCGAUAUUGUUUUCAGCGCUUCAUUGUAUUUGUAA